CGCACCAUCGCUAGCCAAAACAGAAAAAUGGCUUCAGCUGAUUCCCAGCCGCGGUUCGGACAGUCUGUCAAAGGCUUGUUAUCCGAUAAAGUGGGCUCCUGCAGCGGGGAUGUUAUCGCGCUGACACGUCAAGUGCUAAAAGGAUCCCGCAGUCAGGAGCUUCUCGGUCAAGCAGCAAGAAGCAUGGUGAUUCAGGAGGAUGCUAUCCUGCACUCUGAGGAUAGCCUGAGAAAAAUGUCCAUCAUCACCACACAUCUGCAGUACCAGCAGGAGGCCAUUCAGAAGAAUGUGGAGCACUCGAGAAACCUGCAGGACCAGCUGAGGCACCUGCUGAAGUAACGGAGAGGACACGCUGAGUUCACACUGCAGACGGCGUCUCAGGACGCUGUCGGACUUUUAGUUCAAAUGAAAUAACGUUUGAAGGGCGGCGCGUCUCUGCAUCAGUGAAACGCCGUUACUGUCGCCUCACAUCAAACUGCACACAUGCUUCUGUCAUCCUGGACUACAUGUACAUCUGUGGGACGGGUGUGUGACAAUAACAUCAAGGGAAAAAAUCAAAGACCUUAAUAAAAGUAAAAGUACUAAACGACUUAGUCCAUUGUUUUACAUUAAGGAGAAACAUGACGCUGAGCUGCUCCUGUGACCGGCAGCACGUCACAGAGUGGGUGGGAGAUACUUUUCAGCAUCUCCUCAUCUUGGACAACAUCCACCUCUUCAACAGCACCUUUAGAGUCCGGCUCCACAGCAUCACCUGCUUUGUGGAUCAGUGCAUCUGCGAGCCUCAACCUGCUGCUUGUCACAGCAUCCAGGACGCACCGGCCACAACAGAGCGUCACACAUGUUAAAGGACCUCAGCUGGUCCACAGUCGUGUCCUUUGUCAGGCUGAGCUGCAGAUGCUGACACCACAGCAGCGCUGACACAAAAUCUGUCAACUAAUAAAAAUCGAAUAAAAGGCUGAAGUGAGGCCAAGUGAUUGUCACCUGCAGCUUCAGCACUUUUGUGCCGUUCUUGAACAGGAAGCGAUAUUUGUGGCCACAUUUCUGAUAGAAUAUUAAACUAAUGUGAAGUUUAAACGUAGUGUUUCAUCCACACACCAGGCUGUAGUCUGGCAACCUCAAGGGAACAAAAAUGAAAUUAUGGGCGAAGCCUUUAUCAAAAACAAUCCUCAGAUUUGAGGGAUGUUUUUCUCUUUCGCUGCCUCUUCAUCAUCCCUGACUGGUGACACGGAACAAAAGGACAAAUUUAUCAGCAGCUGAAGGCCAAACAGCUGCUCGGCCCUGACAGUGUUCCUGUAGCCGUGCUCCUGAGUUCACACGUGUGCAACAAGAUUCACAAUUCGCUGCUGAUGAGGCGGCGAAAUCCAAGGCUAGGCACGUAGCAGGGCCAUCAGUGCAGUCUGUGUGCUGUGGUCCAGAGUGUAACUGGGAGCUGGGACCGGCUCCAGCAUCCCCGCCACUCUGAAUAUAAGAAGAAUAUAAAACACCAAUAAUAAUAACGACUGAUGUUCAGCUGCUGGUACAAAAGAAUUUCCCUGAAAGAUCAUCUGCUCAAAGUAAAUCAACAUGAAGAAAUCAUGUGAAGAAGAAAAUCUUCACACACACAAUAGAAAAUAUGUUGUUCUGCUCUAGAAAAUCUGUCACAUUUGAUUGUUUAUUUAACUCAACUCAACUGUGACUUAACAGAAGCACUUACGUCGUACCGUCUUAUUCACUCCAGCUGAGUAUCUCCCCCCCGGGGGCAUCAGCAUCAUUGUGACAUCUCUAGAACAUUCUGUCAGAUGUCUGUAAUGAGCUCAGGCCAACAGGAUGUGUAAUGUCCUGUGGGAACCGUCCCCACAGCCUUAAUGCUGUUAUCAGCUGGAGACUCCAGUGUGUUCCAGUCUGCAGAACAACACUUACUGGUUCCAGACAAUCACAAGGUUGAGAGUUCCACACACUCAGUUCAUGUCUGUGAAAAAUACAGUUUUCACUUGUUCAUAGCAACAGCUUGAUUUGUUUUUCAGUCAUUAUUAUUCACCAUCAACAACAGACUACACAUCCACCCAUCAUCCAUCUCUCCAGCGUGUCCUGGCUCCGCCCCGCGGCCUCCUGCACAGAUGUAUAUAUACUGUUUUAGGGGGUUUAUGUUUUUCUGUGGUCCUACACUCUCGAUCAGCUGUAAAACAGCCUGUUUCAGUUUGAGCUUUGUUUCUAAUAAAUGCUUGAAACAAUG